UGCGUUGAGUGUGGAUGAGCUGCGAGACGCUGUUAGCACGCUUGCUUUGUUGUCGCAGCGCGAAUCGUUUCCUGAGUAUGAUACAAUGUAUAAAAAUAAAGCAAAAACUAAAAGUAAUUUAAAAAAUUUAAAUAUAUUUAUGGAUGAAAAUAAAUUAUUAAGAGUAGGGGGAAGAUUGUCUAACGUUUUUCAAUUCGAUUAUAAUAAAAAAUAUCCUAUUCUACUUUCAUCUAAACAUCAUUUUACUUACCUGUUAUUUCGCCAUGAACACAUAAAACUGUUACACGCAGCACCACAGUUGUUAUUAUUUACCAUUCGGGAAACGUGGUGGCCAGUCAGCGGCAGGAAUCUUGCCAAGAGGGUUGUGCACGAGUGUGUUGUUUGCACGCGGUUUCGUGGCAAGACUCUGUGUCCACUGAUGGGCAAUUUACCAACUAAGCGACUAGCUAUAAGUUUUCCAUUCGCAGUCAGUGGUGUUGAUUAUUUUGGGCCGGUGCUCAUACUAAAUCGAAAGGGCAGAGGUGCAAAAUUAACAAAAGCGUAUGUUAGUUUAUUUAUUUGUUUUACAACUCGAGCCAUCCAUCUCGAAUUAGUGGGUGAUUUGUCUACUGAUGCAUAUUUGCUUGCGCUCAAGCGAUUCAUCUCACGUCGAGGUAAACCAGCAGAAGUAUUCUCGGACAAUGGAAGAAACUUCACUGGCUUAAUGACAGAAUUUUCAAAAUUUUUAAAUAAUUGCGCAGAUAAUAUUAGAGAUUAUGCUAUUAACAAUAAUAUUAAAUUUAGUUUCAUUCCCCCCUAUUCCCCUCAUUUUGGUGGUCUAUGGGAAGCGGGGGUGAAGUCAUGUAAGCAUCACCUUAAAAGGGUGCUAGGCAACGCUCAUUUUACAUUUGAAGAGUUUAGUACAGUCUUAACACAGGUAGAAGCUGUCCUGAACUCCCGUCCUAUUUCUCCUAUGUCAGCGGAUCCCAAUGAUUUUUCCCCACUCACUCCUGCCCAUUUCUUGGUUGGUCGUCCACUGACGUCGCCUGCUAGUGAAGACUAUGAGCAAGCUGCACUUCAGCGACUCACGCGGUACCAACGAGUUGAGCAAGUCCGACAGCACUUUUGGACCCGCUGGUCAAAAGAGUACGUUUCGGAGCUACAAGUUAGGACAAAGUGGAUGAAGAGUGGAGAUUCAUUAAAGGAAGGCACUCUUGUCCUUAUCAAAGAUGACAACAGCCCUCCGUUAAAGUGGAGCAUGGGCCGGAUCGUAUCUACGUUCCCUGGGAAGGAUGGAGUUUCUAGAGUUGCUGCCAUUAGAGUCGCAUCCGGCGCAAUUACACGGCGCGCCUUCUCUAAAAUUUGCCCGCUACCUCUGGAUGCAGCGGACAACGUAAACUCUUGGAAGUUGGAGCUUCCAAGGCCGGGGGCAUGUCAAGACGUAGAACGGAACGCCGCUUGAAAGAGGCGGUUGAAAGAAGCCUCGUCCUCGAAUGGUUGUCACGCUACUGACGGUUAAUCAAAACAUUUUUGUAACGUUAAAAAAUAUAUGUUAU